UAGCCACACAUCACCAUCGGGGCGCCAUCUUCCUUCCCAUUGUUGUUGCGUCAAAUCGUAGUGAAAAAGCAUCUAAAACUCGUAGGAAUAUAUAAUUUUGUAAAAUUACGUAGUUUUGUGCCAUUUAUUUCGACAUUUUAAUGAUUUAGUUGUCGCAGAGUCAUAACAACAUCGUAUAUUGUGACCGUCGUAGUGUAGCCUGGUGCUCCACCGCCGCCCGGUGAUGACAUUUGUCUCCAUUGGAAUUUCCGUUUCACCUGGAGCUGGACCUCUCCUCGCCGAAACGGACGAGUAUAAUAAAGUUUAUGGAAUGUGAUCGAUAUAUUGAGAAUGGACAAGACGUUGUUUCGACACCGCAGGCAUGGGCCUGCGGGGUCAAGCGUAAGUUCGGAGACGGAGGGAUGCGGGUUGGCGGGCCUGGCGGUCGCUAUGCGGGCCCUGGGCGAGUGCUGGCUCCCGGCGCUCUGGAAGGCGGCGCCAUGCUCGCUUGCGGCGUCAGCGCCUCUCCUCGCCGCCGCCCCGAGCCGCGGCCCUCUCCCCGAGCGCCUUUGCCACGAGUCGUGUCAGACUCUCCCUUUAUGAACAACAUGGACGAAAUCACUUAUUGGAUUGUAACAAAACGCGCGCCGUGCUUAGCAGGUUACAACAACCCCCUGCGGCGUGUGCAGCCACAGUGUUCUCGUGCGCCUCUUCACUCAGCUAGUCCUGAAGAACAAGGAGAGCCCGAGAAGAAAAAAACGAAACUUGUUGUCUUGCACAAUGAUUCUGAUACAUUGGACCAAAUAAAUGUACAUGUUGAGGCCGCACCUCAACUCGAGUGUGAAGUGAUCAGUGAUGAAUCGGAGACACUUGUGUCAGACGUGGAUUUUAAUAUUAAAAAAUCAUCAGUGCAGGUCAAGAACAAAAAAACAAAGAUACAAAAGAAGAGCAGUUGUGCAGCUCUGCAUAAAAAAAAUAAGGUGGUCACAUCUACACCUAAGGUGACAUCAAAUCUUAGGAGGAGCUUGAGGAAAGUUCAGUCUUCUGUCAAUAACAAUAGCCAUUUAAACAGUACCCCUGAUAUUUUCCACACAUCCAAUGGCAAUGAUCAUUCCACUGUUUCCAAGUGUCAGGCAGGGAAGUUUGAGGAGAAUACAAAAUUAAUAAAUAUGUCAAACAAGGAACUAAAUGCUAAUACAUGUGCUGUAUCAGUUCCAAGACCAAACAAUGGUAUUACAAAUGGUCAAUUUGAUGAUCUCAGUGAUGUUUCUGGGUUCACAGCAAACUAUAUAAAAUCCACGAAAAUAAAUUCCAAAACUCCCAGAAAGGUAAGAAGUAAGCAAAAUAGAAACUUGGCUAGAGAAUCAAGACAUAGUGGGCACAAGGAAGAGAGAUCUUUGAUUGUGAGUAUCAACAAAGCUACAGGUGAUCCAAAAACGAACAUUAUGAACUGCAGCACUGACUCUUCCCAGAAUAUUAUCAACCUUGUAACUGUUGAUAAAAAAUCAAGAACCAAGAAAAUUGAUAAAAGUACCUCCUUACUCAAGUUUAUGGAAAGUAAAAAAGGGCAAAAACUUGUAAAUAGUAAGAGUGAGAGUAGAAAUGGUGUCCUAAAUACAUCUUUUCAGUCAAUAAGUACAACUGGGUCCAGGUAUCCAAAGAGGCACAAAAAUAAUUCCGUGGAUGUAUUAAUGAUAGACAUCUCUGAGAAGACCGAACCCUCCAAGCUAAAUUCAGAUAAGAGAACUGCAACUAACCACUCCAGCAGACUGCAGAGUACAGAACUGGUCUCCAGAACAAGAAGUGGGAGAAGCUCUAAACUUACAGAGCCUACAGUGUAUGUUCGUAGCGACUUUCCUGAACAAGAAAGUACUGUGGCAACUGUUAAUGUGGCCAAUACAGUGCCAGAUGAAGCAAAAGAUAGUUCAAAGAAGAAGAGACCAUCAUCAAAGUGUGGAGUUGCAAGAAAAACUCUAAACAAAACUGGACAAUCUAAUAAAGACUCUUUUAGAGAAAAAAGUGGUUUUGCUGCUUGCUUCUCUGACAGUGAUGAUGAUAAACCAUUAAAACCGCAGAAAUACUUGUCAUAGCUUAAUUGAUAUUUUAAUGAGUAUGGGAUUUGUAGACAUAUUUGUGGAUAUGUUAUUAUGAACCUAGAGUUACAACUGUAAGCACCAAAAUCAUAGGUGUACCAAUGAUGGCUAACGCAUAUGAAUUCGCCGCUAGGGGCGCUAGUGUAGAUGGUGGUCUUUUCCAUAGUUCGAAAUGUCAAAUGUCACUUGUCACUUCAAUGACUGACAGCUGUUCUUUAGUCUUUUGGACCACCAUCAACAGGUGCCAACUGGUGAGCAAAAAAACGAUAGCCCUCAUUGGUUGUGUAAACUUAUUGCUACACAAGAAAUAUCAUCACAUUUGAUAUGGCAGUGAGACUGCUUUCCAGAUCUCUACUGAUGAUUUCCAGAAUUGUAACUUUAGGAGCUGGUUUUGGUAUUUGCAUUAAUUCAUUGUCAUGAAUGUAUUGUCAUGUAUAUUGAUUGAUUUUGUUGUUCUUUGUAACAUAAUGUGCAAUUUGGCAGCAGAAAUCCUGUCUUUUCAUAAUGAGGCAAAUAUAAAUGAGUAAUAUAUAAAGUAUAUUUGUAUAAAAGUAAAAGUGUUGUCAUAUUAUGUGAUGUAAAUGUAAAAUGUAUGUAACAGAAAGCAUUCUAAGAUUUUUAUCAUUUGGGAACUAAAAAUAUGUUUUGCCAUGAUGGUUAUGAAUAACAAUGAUUUGUGCAGCCAAAUAUUGCACAUACAGACAACAGUGCCAUACUCAGUAUGGUACUUAUACAUAGCUUGUAUCACCCACCUAGAUGUAGUUCGUGUUAUAUUUAUUAUAUCUUAUAGAUCAUGUCAUAUUGGACUAUACACAAUUGAAUUUAUAAAUUAUAUUAAAGUGCCAUUGUACCAACAACACUAUUGAGUAAGUGUCGGUCUUAUAAUUAUGAUUUAUAUUUUAUUUAUUUAUUUCAAUUCUGACCUUUGGUGUCCUUGUAUAUGACACUCUCGAGGAUAGGAAUUGUAUACUGUAGUAUACAAUUCCUAUCCUCCAAACUUACUAAUAUACUUUGCCAUUAUUGUAUUCAAUCAACUCAUGAAAGUAUAUGAAUGGUGUACAAUGAUAUAAUGUAAUAUGAGACUGUCUUAUCAAGAUAGCCUAUUGGAGUCAGUACCUUGUUUCCAUGACUAAAUAUGUUACUUUCAUUUGAGUUUAUUUUUAAAUAACAGUAAUGUUGCUGUUUUUUUAAUUCAAAUUAUUGUGUAAUAUAUUUGUGGCUUUCAUGCAUUUAAAUUAAAAGUAAAACCUUAGUAAUGAA